AGUCCUGAACCGCACUUCCACUCGAAUAUUCCUCGACAAAUCCUCCAUCAAAGCCAUUCUCCUUAAUCCUCCUCACCUGCUCCUCCUAUAUAGUCCCUCCUCCUUCGCUCCGUCGUUUCUCCAUGGACGGCUCUCGAUUCCGGUGACGACGACGACGACGAGCAUCAGCAAUCGGCACUCUGAAAUCAAUCUGAAAGUGAGCGGCACCGACGGUGGAGUUUUGAGCAUUCGCGACUCGGACUGUGCGUUGCUGCAAUGGUGGGUUUCGUCAGAGCGAAGCGGGGCAGCGACCUGCUCGACGCCCAGGCCAGGGCUCGGCUCGUCGGCGCCGAUCUCCGCCGCCUCAGCGCCGACAGCAGCGGGAGCGAGCACGACGGCGAGGACGACUCCCCCUGCCUCUCCGAGCUCGUCCACGGCUUUCUCGAGGUCGAGCCGGACGACCCCGCCGCGUGCCGGUCCCCCAGCGACUGCGACUCCGACUCGGACCGAGCCGACUCGGCCGCCGACUGGACGGACGCGAUCGAGUGCGCCCUCGAGCAGGCGCUCGCCCGCAACGCGGAUUCGUACCGGAGCCUCCUCCUGAGUCACGUCUCGAAAGCGAUUGAGGUGUUUUCAGGCCUGAGGUCGAACAAGCCCGCGCUGAGGCGCAACGUGAUGUCGUACCUGAGGGAGAUCGGGUACAAUGCGGCCAUCUGCAAGACGAAGUGGGACUCCUCCGGCGGCCUCACCGCCGGGAGCUACGAGUUCAUCGACGUGGUCCGGCCGGAGCCGUCCGCGGGCGGCAGCCCGAGCCGGUACUUCGUCGACGUCGACUUCGACGGCCAGUUCGCGAUCGCGCGGCCGGCGCCGGAGUACACGCGGCUGUUGCAGCGAGUCCCGAGGGUUUUCGUCGGCAGAAUCGAGGAUCUGAAGAGGAUCGUGAGGGCGAUGUGCGACGGGGCGAGGCGGUCCCUCAAGAGCAGAGGCCUCUCUCUGCCCCCGUGGAGGAAGAACCGGUACAUGCAGAACAAGUGGGUCGGGCCGUUCCGUCGGACGACGAACCCGUCGCCGGCGAGCACCUUCGCUCAUGCGGCGGCCGGGGUGGCGGCGACCACCUCCGUUGGCACCGCCGUGAUGUGCCGAUCGGUUGGGUUCGACCAAUCCAUGAGCGGCCGUCUGUUUGUGCGCACGAGAUAAACGAAUAAACGGAUAUUCUUUUUUUUGUGGAUUUUUUUUUUGUUUUUUUUUUUUGUUUAACGUUCUCGCUCUUGUUGAGUAAAAGAAAUUGGCGUUAAUUAAA